GGAGGGGGCGGGGCCUGGCUGGUCUCGCGCCGCCGCCGGGGGCCAGGGCGCGAGCGGCUCUCUCUCUCUGAGGUAAAAGGAGGAGCCUCUCCGCCGCUCGGAUCGGAAGGAAGGGAAGCCGCGCCUGCUUGGAGAGCUACAGCUGGCCGGGGGCAGGAGCCCAGAACAUGUUAUGGAGCUGGAGUUGGAUUGCAUAAAACAAGGCUGCAGGUGAUGAUGACAAGCAAGGAGCUAUGACUUCAGAAGUUAAUGCUUGUAUCUGCUCUUAACAGUGAUUGGUCUCAAGCUGUGUGGUACGCUAGUCAAGAAACAUAGGAAGUCUUCUGUGCUUAGUUAUUUUCUAUCGCAAAUUCAAUCAUGUAUGGAAGUGCUCGAUCAGUUGGCAAACUUGAGCCAAGCAGCCAAAGUCCUGGGCGUUCACCACGACUGCCAAGAUCACCACGGUUGGGCCAUCGUCGAACCAACAGCACAGGAGGCAGCUCUGGAAGUAGUACUGGGGGUGGCAGUGGCAAAACACUUUCAAUGGAAAAUAUUCAAUCCUUAAAUGCUGCCUAUGCCACUUCAGGUCCUAUGUAUCUAAGUGACCAUGAGAACGUUGGUUCAGACACGCCUAAAAGCACGAUGACCCUUGGCCGAUCUGGGGGGCGUCUGCCUUAUGGUGUUAGGAUGACUGCUAUGGGCAGUAGUCCCAACAUUGCUAGUAGUGGGGUUGCCAGUGAUACUAUUGCAUUUGGAGAGCAUCAUCUUCCUCCUGUGAGCAUGGCAUCCACAGUGCCUCAUUCACUACGCCAGGCAAGGGACAAUACUAUAAUGGACCUGCAGACACAGUUGAAGGAAGUAUUGAGGGAAAAUGAUCUACUACGAAAGGAUGUAGAGGUGAAAGAAAGCAAACUUAGUUCUUCCAUGAAUAGUAUCAAGACCUUCUGGAGUCCAGAGCUGAAGAAAGAAAGAGCUCUGAGAAAAGACGAAGCAUCUAAAAUAACUAUUUGGAAAGAACAAUAUCGAGUUGUGCAGGAAGAAAACCAGCAUAUGCAGAUGACAAUCCAAGCUCUUCAGGAUGAGCUUAGGAUCCAGAGGGAUCUGAACCAACUUUUCCAGCAAGAUAACACCGGUAGAUCCAAUGAACCAUUUGUAACAGAGCUUACAGAGGAGAAUUUCCAACGUCUCCAUGCAGAGCAUGAACGGCAGGCUAAAGAACUUUUCUUGUUACGAAAAACUUUGGAAGAAAUGGAAUUGCGCAUUGAAACUCAGAAGCAGACCUUAAAUGCACGUGAUGAAUCCAUCAAAAAGUUGUUGGAAAUGCUGCAGAGUAAGGGGCUGUCAGCAAAAGCAACAGAGGAAGAUCAUGAACGGACAAGAAGGUUGGCUGAAGCAGAAAUGCAUGUGCAUCACUUAGAAACCUUAUUGGAGCAAAAGGAAAAAGAAAACAACUUGCUAAGGGAGGAGAUGCAUCGUCGCUUUGAAAAUGCUCCUGAUUCUGCGAAAACCAAAGCUUUGCAGACUGUUAUAGAAAUGAAGGAUUCAAAGAUUUCUUCCAUGGAGCGUGGACUCCGAGAUUUGGAAGAAGAAAUCCAGAUGCUGAAAUCAAAUGGAGCACUCAGUACAGAGGAACGUGAGGAAGAAAUGAAACAAAUGGAAGUGUAUCGUAGCCAUUCAAAAUUCAUGAAAAAUAAGGUAGAACAACUGAAGGAAGAGCUAAAUGCCAAAGAGGCUCAAGGGGAAGAGCUGAAAAAGAAAGUGACUGGUCUUCAGACUGAGAUCGGUCAGGUGAAACAAGAACUGUCACGCAAAGACACAGAGCUUUUGGCAUUACAGACUAAGUUGGAAACUCUCACAAACCAGUUUUCUGAUAGCAAGCAACACAUUGAUGUGCUCAAGGAGUCCCUUACCGCAAAGGAGCAGAGAGCAGCUAUCCUGCAAACAGAGGUGGAUGCUCUUCGACUACGCCUGGAGGAGAAGGAGACUAUGUUGAAUAAAAAGACAAAGCAAAUUCAGGAAAUGGCUGAGGAGAAGGGAACUCAGGCUGGGGAAAUUCAUGAUCUUAAGGAUAUGUUGGAUGUGAAAGAACGCAAAGUUAAUGUUCUUCAAAAGAAGAUUGAGAAUCUACAGGAACAGCUAAGAGACAAGGAAAAACAGUUGAGCAGCUUGAAAGAGAGAGUAAAAUCUUUACAGGCUGAUACUACUAACACCGAUACUGCCUUGACUACACUGGAGGAAGCACUAGCCGAGAAGGAGCGUACUAUCGAGCGAUUAAAGGAGCAGCGGGACAGAGAUGAGCGAGAGAAACAAGAAGAGAUUGACAACUAUAAAAAGGACCUUAAAGACCUGAAAGAGAAAGUCAGUGUCUUACAAGGAGACCUUUCAGAGAAAGAGACUACAUUGCUGGAUUUGAAGGAACAUGCCUCAUCCUUAGCAUCAUCAGGUCUGAAGAAAGACUCUAGGUUGAAGACACUAGAAAUUGCCUUCGAACAGAAAAAGGAGGAAUGUCUCAAACUAGAAUCUCAGCUGAAAAAGCAUCCUGAAGUCUUAUUGAGUCAUCCAUCCAAGCCAGCUCAUGAAGCAACAUUGGAAGCAAAGUCCAGUCCAGAGAUGGGUGAUCGAUUCCAGCAGUUGGAACGAGAGGUAAUGCGGCACCGGGAAGAGUCCUGUAAAGCUCAAGCUGAAGUGGAUCGUCUAUUGGAAAUCUUGAAAGAGAUGGAAAAUGAGAAGAAUGAUAAAGAUAAGAAGAUAGCAGAACUGGAAAGCUUCACUUCAAGGCAAAUUAAAGAUCAGAAUAAAAAGGUAGCAAACCUGAAACAUAAAGAACAAGUGGAGAAGAAGAAAAGUGCACAGAUGCUGGAAGAAGCAAGGCGACGGGAGGACAAUCUUAAUGACAGCUCCCAGCAACUGCAGGACAAUCUGCGAAAAAAAGAUGAUCGGAUUGAGGAACUAGAAGAAGCACUGAGGGAGAGUGUGCAAAUUACUGCAGAGCGAGAAAUGGUACUCGCUCAAGAAGAGUCAGCCAGGACACAUGCUGAAAAACAGGUAGAAGAAUUGAUGAUGGCUAUGGAAAAAGUAAAACAGGAAUUGGAAUCCAUGAAAGCAAAGCUGUCCUCUACCCAGCAGUCUCUGGCUGAAAAGGAAACACAUUUGACCAACUUACGAGCUGAGAGGAGAAAACAUUUAGAGGAGGUCCUAGAGAUGAAACAAGAAGCCCUUCUAGCUGCCAUUAGUGAAAAAGAUGCCAACAUUGCUCUCUUGGAGCUAUCGUCCUCCAAGAAAAAAACCCAAGAUGAAGUCGCUGCACUAAAACGAGAGAAAGACCGCUUGGUGCAACAACUGAAGCAACAGACUCAAAACCGCAUGAAAUUGAUGGCAGAUAAUUAUGACGAUGAUCAUCUCAAAUCAUCAUCUCAUUCCAACCAAACUAACCAUAAACCCUCUCCAGAUCAGGUAAUUCAGCCCCUUUUAGAUCUUGAUCAGAAUCGCAGCAAGUUGAAGUUGUAUAUUGGACAUUUGACAGCCCUGUGCCAUGACCGGGACCCCCUGAUUCUUCACGGACUCACGCCGCCUGCUUCCUAUAACCUGGAUGAUGAUCAUGCAGCUUGGGAGAAAGAGCUGCAGAAGAUGACGCUGGAGCAGCUUCAAGAGGAGCUGGAAAAAGGCGAGCGGGACAGCGCAGAGCUACAGGAAUUUGCCAAUGCCAUUCUACAGCAGAUAGCUGAUCACUGCCCUGACAUCCUGGAGCAAGUUGUCAAUGCACUUGAGGAGUCCUCAUGACCUAAAUCUGUGCUAUCUCCCUGACAGUAGCAUGCCCAGGGACAAGCCCAAUCUACCCAAGGAGCUUGGAUUGGAGAUGAAAGGCAGGGGAGAGAAGACAAAACUUUUGGUGCACCUUUUUAUAUAAAGAAACAAAUGAACCUAAACUGGUAUCUCACCUUUUCCAGUCUAUAAAUAUGGAAUUAUGUCUGCAUUCAUAUUCUCACUGCCUAUCUUUUGGAAUAUGCCUCCCAGUUACCUUUCCUGUUGGCUUUGGGAUAUGUCUGCUUAGAAAUCCGAGUCCAAGAAGCAUAGAAAUGGCAAUAUAUUGGAGACAACUUGUUCUAGUGAUUCUUAAAAUGGUAGGAGCACUUGUCUUCAUUUUAUUUUCCAAUUAGUAAAUAAAUCUUUAUGCGUUUAUAGAGGAGGCUGAAUGUGGUCCUGAAAGUGAACCAAAGUGAAAAACACUUUUGCUAACUCAGAAUUAGCAGUCUGUGUCUGCACAGGGGCAUAACCCUGAAAGUGGACAUUGUUACAAAGAGAGGUGAGGGGUAUCCCUUUUUCUCAUUAACAGAUAUCAGUUGAGGGAGAAUUGAAAACAUUUUAAUGUGUUCUCUUUUAUUCUGCCUAUUGUGCACGUCAUGCUUGUUUACCAAAUGGACUGAUGAAAUGAGGAUGGCUUUAGUAGGUUUUCUUGGUUCUGAGAGAGCUUUACAUACUUUAUCUACAUAUCUCUGCAUUCUUAUUUGAACCGUGCUCAAUUCAUGCUUAGCUUCUCUGUUUUUGAGUUCUUAGAGGAUUACUCCAGAAGCUAACAGAAUAUUGGUCUUGUCUGUUGCUGUACUUUACUUAUCAUCUGCCAGUAAUGUUUGAGGCCAAAAUAGCUUCUCUAGACAACACUUUGUUGACAUAUCCAAAUCACAGAACGAAUAGGAAUCUGAAUAAUCAGUUGUUUUGCACAAUUUGUGAAACUAUCGUUUUGUUUUGGCAAUAUUGAUAUUACACAUGGUAUCAUUCUUCAGGCAUUUACCAGAUAUCAUUUUAUAUCUGUGACAUUAUCACACUUCCUUGGAGGAGGUCUUUUUUAUUUUUAUUUUUUCAGAUUUCAGGGCUAACAGGAACCUUUAGAGCAGAUAACAGAAAUGGAAAUUAGGAUUCCAAAUUUACUGCAGUAAGCAGAAGGAUCACAUGUUCUUAAUUUCCUUUUCUAACGGUUUUGUUACUGAAGUGACUAUUCUAAUCAUUUUUCCCAAGUCAAACAAUUUGGUUGGGGUUUAUUUUGCACAUUAAGAGCUUUGCAUUUGAAUGUCCUCAUUUCUUAUCCCUAAAUUUUAUAUUAUCAGACAGACUUCCUUUUAAGUCUCUUUAUUUCAUGUUUCAGAUACUACACUAUAUCCUUCAUCACAUGUCACUCAGACCAGUGCCAUUUCAUGUCAAUGGAUGCGGGAGACUGGUAAUUUUUAAUCUCUUGUGUGCAAAGAACUAGGAUCAUAUUUAUGGCCAUUAGUUACAUUUUUCUUCAUUACCUGGAAAAUCUAGAGACGAGCACUGGUCCAUGGACCACAACUUUUAGUAGCACUGACAAAGGCAAUAUGGAAGGACUAUUUUCUACUUCAAACUUUCUUUCCUUCAUUUCUUCCUUCAGAUCCACCAGUUGUGAUAUCACUGAUAUCUAAAAAGCAAGGAAGGGGUCCCAGCUAAACAAGAAGAACUUCAUUAAUAUCUUUUAAGUAGCAUAUGCCAUUGAGACAAAAAAAAAAAAGGCAGUAGCGCAUCCUGUGCCACAUGCUUAGAUUCUUCCUUCUGUUAGAGGUGCACUGGAGAUAGGAGAUAGAACAUAAAUAAUCUGAAUGGUGAACAUAGUUUUUCUAUGGGCUUCCUCCUCAAAGGUUCACACUUCAUCUUAGUUUGCACCUUCAUAACUGGAAAUGUACAAUGGUGGUUUUAGAGCAGAUGGUAAUAACAGCCUUUUCAUCAUUAAGGAGGGGGAGUUGAUUGUUCUCAAGGUUGAAAUUGCCUUUACCGGAAGGCAUGCAGACAAUGACUGUACAUAGCAUUGAGCCAUGCCUCAUACCAGAGCCGCACCUUUGGCCCUAUUGUUUGAGUCAGCACAUUUUGAUAGGAGCUGCUGUUUUGAAAUUUCCCUUCUAGCUUUUUCUCCUUCAUCCCUAAUUACUCAGUGUAGGAAUUUAAUGCUGCCUGUAAAACCCUCUCAACCUUCAGGGCUAACAUCUUCCCACCAUCACCACUCCCUGGCUAUCCUAUUAAGUUAUAUGGUCUGGUCUUCAGUUGCCCUUGUUCCCUGCUAUAAAACAAUCCACUCUCUCUGUGGGAGAAGCUGUGGAAUUUUUCUUAUCUGUGGUUGAAAUAACUGCUGCUUGUAAAGCUCUUACUGAGAUGUUCCUUGAUAGAGGGGUUUGUUUUGUUUUGUUUUGUUUGGACCUGGGCUUGACUGAAAGAGGAGGGGAGCUAUUCAGAGAUGGUCACUUGUGUUUGCUACGUCACCCCUUGUGCUUAUCACACCACCUAUCAGUUACAGUUCUCCAUGAGAGUAUAUCUGGAGCCUUUCAGCCAGCUGCCACCAUGUGGCUAUGCUCCUGCAGAAAUGGGUCUCUGAUAGCAGGGGGAUGACAUUCCCAGUACAUUGUGCACAGAGCCCACAAAUCAUGACAUUGUGAUAAAACCCAUGCUUUAUACUCUCCUCCACUCACACCUUGUUCUCCAGGAGAGGAGUGGCCUUUUUUAGUAGAGCCCAUUCCCAAGCUGGCCAUUUACUCUUUAUUAUCUGCCAGAACAUCUUCUGUUCUAACCCACUCACAAAUCUGGAAUGUGUCUCACUUUCAGUUCUUCUCUGUUUCCCUCACCACACACUUUUCUGUCCAGUUUCAUGGGCUUAGGGCCCUGCCACACUUAGGGCUGAGCCCAUGGAACUACACAGAAAAACCGUAAGUAAAUACAUUUAAAACAAGCAACUGCACAAAACAAGAUUUUAUUUCAGAACAGUGCUCUGGCUUUAUCAUCAGCGUACUAUUGCAGACAAAGUUCUUCAUCAAUGUUUGGUUAGAGAUCCUGUCAAACUUCAUUUCUAGGAAUUGUGGAGAUUUAAAUGCAAAGUAUUUAGUGCUGGUCAUGGCCUGUUUUGUUGUCUUUAACAUUAGACUAAUACAGCUUUAGACUAGUUACAUUGCAAGAGAGAUUGCUGGAAAAAAUUGUCUUCUUUACCUUCCCUGUUCUUUAGUUCAGUUUUCAAAAAUAGCCUCUUAUCAGUGAAUUCGAAAUUCUCAGUUGUUAUGAACAUUAGUCACAUUAGAGUUUCAUUUGCUGAAUUAUAAUAAGGCUUGGCUGUAGUUAAGGAAUGCCUUAUUAUUAUUUCAAGUCACAAAAAAGCUAAAUUGUAAUGCCGUAGAAGGUGCUUAUAAACUUCAUGGACUUUUUAUACAGGAAUCAGUGGGAGAAUUUUUCUUUAUUUGAUCCAGUUUUUAAAAUCUCAUUGAAAAAUAGAAAUAGUUUAUUGACAUGCUAUCUGAAGUUCCUAAUUUGGUGAUUUAAUGUUUACCAGGAAUCCAUAUACUCAUUCUAAUCCUGUCAAAUCCAGUUAUUAUUGUUGUGUGCCUUCAAGUUGUUUACGACUUCUGGAGACCCUAAGGCGAACCAUGGGGUUAUCUUGAACAGAUUUAUUCAGAGGAAGUUUUCUUAGGCUAAGCAAAUGUGACUUGGUCACCCAGUAGGUCUCUGUGGCCAAACAGGGAUCCCAACCCUAGUCUCCAGUGUCAUAAUCCAAUACUCAAACCAUUACUCCUUCAUCUAAAGUCAUUAAAUGUGAAUCUCAAAAUUGACACAAGUCUAUGUUCAAGAAAAACAUUAGUAAGAGCCAUGUUUGGAUGUGCAUUGGGUCUUUUAUAGUGGCUGCCUUUGGCCACUGUUUUCAUUCAAAACUCCGUUCAUAUUGGCUGUAAAUCCCAAACAUCUACCACAACUAAAGAAGUGAAAAUGGUGGUGACAAAGCAGUACACAUCAUCAGAUAUUCUGUAUAAAAGGGAAAGACUCACAAGAGAGUUCAUGUAAGAAAAUUGUCAAGUGAAAUUUGCAAGAUAUCAUAUCAUAAGGGGGUUUUAGCCAUCUGUUCUCUGUCCAUUCUAAGAUUCAAGGAGUAUUCUGUUUGGGUCAGAUAAAGGGGAGUUAACUGUUUUCUACCUGUCUCAUAUUCCUAAUUUAUUCGCUUCACAUGAGUUUUCAGAGUGGCCUUAAAGAAAAACAAAAAUGGGGUAUAUUUUUGUCCCAGUUGUUGAAAUUAGAAAGUGCCACUUCAGAGAACCAAGCAGUCAUAGAAAUGGAAAGCAGGAACAAUGGAUGUAAUAACACUAACUCAGUGAUAAUGCUACAGCUAGAUGAGUGGGUAGGUCAAACAGUGGGUGGUUUGGGAUGAUCAGGAUUAACAAGAGAGACUCUUCUUUUGCCAAUCACUAAAUCUUGUCAGUGCAGCAGGUGCUGUUUUUUAUAAAACAAAUAUUUUUUACCUUUUUUCCAUUAAUAGAGGGAGCCGCUAUCCUUCUGAACAAAAUGGCUGUCUCUAGUUGACUUUUUUAAAAAGAGAGAAUAAAAGCAUUUCCAAACUUUUUAGUGUCAAAAGUAUAAGCAUAAAAAUACUGACUUUUUCCAGUGUGUGUGGAGAGUGCUGUAACCCUGUCAUCAUUGGUAUUUCCCUUUGACUUUUUCAGGGUUUGGUUUUUUAAUUUUAUUUUUCAGUUUUGUUAUCUGCUUGUCAAUUAUUGUCUGUGUGGUCCUCAGACUGGGACAGUUACCGACAAUGUGUGUCUGUUGUCUGAUUUUAAAUUUUAAAAAAAGAUAGAAGUAGAAAUGAAAAAGUUGUGCUUAAAAUAUAUUAAACUAAAUGUAUUGUCCAAAGGAAUUCAAAAUAUGAAAAGGCAAAGUUCUGGACUCCUCCUCUCAAUUUUAUAAGGAAAUUGACUCUUUAGGCUUUCAGUUGCCUUGACAGGCCAUGAAGACCAAACCAAUAUAGCCUUCUUAACAAAUACUGAUUUUGUUCUUCUCCCAGUACUAUGAUACAUGGAUUACAUUAAGAAAGGGCCAAAAAUAUCAGCAUCUGCUGUUUUCUGUGGGUGUCCCUUGCAUCCCAGUACCACUUAUUUAAAUAGAAGAAAAUUAUUAAAGCAUAUUUACACACACUUUAAUUCCUGUUUUGUACACCUAAACUAUUAGUUAUUCCUAAACAUACCUUCUCCUCUUACCUCUUACUCAUCUGCAUUGCCAUUCUGUGUGCACCCAGUCUUGAAAAGACAGACAUAAGCUUAGAAGAAUGGGUUUAUCAUUAUUUUCUGUAUUUUUGGAAUAGAAGACUUUGGCGACUUGUUCAGGUUUUGGCUAACAUAAAUCUGCACAUCCUAAAUACAUUGGUGAGUCAUGUGUUAAAUUAAUAUACUUUAAACUACUUACAAAAUAAUCUUGGUUAAAUUUAAGAAUAUUAUAAAAUGCUUCCAAAUUGAUGUGUUCCACCACAAAUCCCUUUGAUUCGCUAUCAAAUGUUCUAGCUGGAAUCAAUGUUGAAAGUCUUGGAACUCUUGGCUUGUGGUCUCAACCUUGGAAUAUUCAUCUUUAUGCAAAAUCUUUAGCCAAAUAUCAUUGAAAUUGCCUUUUAUUUCUUUUCUCCAUAGACUCAUGGCUACAGUGAAGUCAGGAUACUCAUCUGGUAAACUCAGGCUUUGGCUUAAUAUUGUUUUGAUUGGACACUUCCAAGAAAGAGAUAGACCACAGGCUUUGUUCCUGUCAACACAUCCCUUACAUAUCUGUGAUGAAUAUAUCCUAAGACUUCUAGGGCUUACCACAAAGGUUCACAUCUUCUUUUGAUUCUGUGCAAAUAAAGGGAUUACAUCCUCUUUCUAUUCUAGACCUGCCCUCAAACAGACAUAACCUGGGUUAAUUCAUCCUUGCCAAAGCAGUAUUGUUACUUUUCCUAGAUUAACUUCAUUUUGCUUAAUUGAAUUAUUAAUGAAGACAGCCCAGUAAACAUUUGUGAAUUGUCUUCUUACACACACACACACUACAGAUGGGGGAUCUUUUGCUAGUUGAAAAGUGAUGUGUUGCACUUUAAUAGAGGAGGAGACAAGCUUUGCAUAUAUAGUCUGACAUACUUUGAGUUCUUUCUGGAAGGAGCAGCAGUGAGAGGUAAUAGAUGUCUGUAAUGCAAGUGCGCACGCUGCCUUCGACAUGUAUGUGUUUUAUUGAUGGAGUCAUGUUACUGACAGGAUAAUGAAUUGCAAUGAAAUUGUGUUAUAUAUUCAACUUUGCCUUGAUAAUAUAAACACUUUUGUUCGAUUUUUUUCUUUUUUAUUCACAAACUAAGUUCUUCAGGAAAUUAUAAAAUUAUUUAAAAAUGG